AAAUAAGCCACCAAUAAAAUAUAUUCAUCAAUCUUUCAGAUUUUUUUUGUAUCUAUAGGCUUAUCAUCUAUUAUGUCACGAAACUCAGAGACGUAGAUUCUACGUCUCUGCUAAACUAGUUCACAGUAAUAUUGGACUUUUGGAGGGACUUACCCAAUAUUGUUAUGUUCCAUUUCAAGCCAAUCGGCUUUAUUGAGACACCAUUCCUGUUCAAGAAUGGUACACCUAGACAACCCACAGUGUGCAGUCUGGCCAGGGGCGUCAUAACCAUAGACAAGGCGGUCUUUAACAACCCUGAACAUUCCCUGGAAGGACUACAAGAGUUCAGUCAUGUGUGGAUAUUCUUCAUGUUCCACAAGAACAACAACAAGCACUACAAGGCAAAAGUCAAGCCCCCAAGGCUGAAUGGAAGAAAAGUGGGUGUCUUUUCCAGCCGAUCUCCAUACCGGCCUAACAACAUUGGGCUCACCCUGGCUAAAAUUGAGAGCAUUGAGGGCGCUAAGGUGAGUGUGUCAGGCAUUGAUAUAGUGGACGGAAGCCCAAUAGUGGAUCUUAAACCUUACAUUCCUCAAUAUGACAACCCAGCGCUCUGGAGUCAACCAGGUCAUGUGGAGAAACAGCGAGAGGAAGGACGUAGUGAAAGUCAGAGUAUUUCAAUGCAAAAUACUCUUCAACAUCUGCCUGUUUCCAGUCUAGAAGGUUCCAGAAUGCAUGGCAAUUGUAGCAAAGUUUCUGAAGCAGCUUGGUUUGAUAAUUUAUGCAAAACACAUGGAAAAGCUGCUGGUGAGGAAACAUUUAGUGUUUAUGACAAUGCUUACUGCAAUGAUCCAGCUUCUGUGACAGGACAGGAUGGCAGCCAAAAAAGUUCUCUUGAGGCUGAUACUACUGCGAACAGGAAAACAAAUCCUGAUAGGAAGCUUACAAAAAAUGAAUCAGAACCUUCACAAUCAAACAAUAUGGCGUAUGCUGCUGAUUGGGUCAAUAAUGCCCCGGUAACGAAAUUGUGUGUGGUAUUCACGCCACGAGCUGAAGAGCAGUUGGCCUUGUUUUCCAAGGACAGUUUGGAGCCAGGUCAUCAGGGUGGUGAUAGAGGCAACACUAGCAAGCAUCCACAGUCGCUGUUCUGUAAUGAAGAUACAUAUGAGCCUCAUAUGUCUGAUACUAGUAAUCCAGUUAAGAGGCAUUCUGAGAAACCAACGCUGCGGGAUUCAUUACUGGAUAAACAUAGCCAUUCUAAACAAUCAACAGAGAAGCAAUUGCAAAAAUCAUUUAGGAAGAAAUCAUUACAAUCACCAACAAUUGAAAAGUCUCAAUCACAUUUGUCAACUGCGAAACUUUCCCAAUCGUACGAUGUUGGUUCACCUGGUAAACCAAGUAUUUAUUUCACUGGUUUCAGUAAGCGUUCUAGUACAAAUGCUGAAAUGUCUAUGAGCUGGCCAUAUAAAUUGCAACAUUUAAACUCCACUGAUGAACUGCGAACAGCCAUAGUGCGUGUUUUAGAGGAGGACCCUAGGUCAGUCUAUCGGAGGAUGGUCUGCACAGACAAGCUGUACUAUUUCACAGUGGAUGUGGUACAUGUCACGUGCUGGUUUGAUGACGGUUGUGUGGAAGUUGUGAGACUUAAACCUUUAGCGCAUAUGGAUAAAUUAACAACUUGGUUAUAUUUGCCACAUUAGUGACUAGGUAGGGCAAAGCGUAGGAUUAGAUAAUUGUGCAAUUUAGCUUAGAAAAAGUUGUAUGUUGUGUUUGGUUAACUUAUAUAUAAUGUGCUAUUUGCAAUGUUAAUUGGCUUUAUCAUCACUCAAAGAGAGGAGGUUUAUUGAAGUUACUCUUUCGGAUGGUCGAUUUGUCCACAUAAAUGUUGUAAGUUUGUUAACCCCCAAAUACUUCCACAUUUCUCAAGAAAUUUAAUUUAAACUGAAGGUUUUCAUGACACUAAAUUGUAGACGUGUAAGACAGCUUUGCAUCCCCAGUGGUCUGCACAUAAUACAUGUAUAGGCCUCAUAUAGAGCAGUCAGGCUUUAUACAUUACAGUGUGUUUAUUUUAUAAUACAUGUAUAGGCCUCAUAAAGAGCAGUCAGGCUUUAUACAUUACAGUGUGUUUAUUACAUAAUACAUGUAUAGGCCUCAUAUAGAGCAGUCAGGCUUUAUACUUUACAGUGUGUUUAUUUUUCACAUUUCAUGUACAUUUAGAAGCAUAGCCAGUUGUGAUGAAUAUGUGAUGUACAUUUUAAUUAUUUUAAUACUUAUUUUGUUACAGUUAUUCUUUCCCCAGAUAAUGGAAGUUAAACAUUAUGAAAAUAUAACAUUGUUAAUUUGUUAUAUGUAAAUUAAAGAUGAUGUGUUUUUUUAUUUUGGAAUCAAAGAUUUUGUUUCAAACAUUUUGUUAAAUUUCUUUUUUUUAAAGAGUAAUUUGAUGUUCUUAAAUCUGAAAGUAAAAAAUUAUUACAAAAUGUAAGUGCAGUCCCUUUAAUAAAGACUGAUCCAAAUGAUAGGAAACAUCAGGAUAUUGCAUCAUCCGUCCUUUCCGUCUUUCAGUCAGGCCCAGGUUUUGUACAGAGCAUAGAUCACUAAGAAUUAAAGGGAAUCAAAUGAAACUUCAUAUAUUGAUAGAGGGUAUUAAGGGGAAGUGAAAACUACAAGAAUCACAAAUUUAUAUUGUCAGGAUUUACAAAUGUAUUUUACUUAAGUCCAUUUACUUUGCAUUACUUCCAUAGAGUUGAAGAUUCAAGUUUUUAAAUCAAACUUUGUACUUUGAUCAAGGACAUUUUUUAUUAAGUGCAGAGCACAAAAGUUACCGGUACACAAAUAAUUGUUUGUUGUGUGGUACAAAAAUUAGAAAGAAAUGAAGGGAUUUAAACAAAACUUUAUCUAAUCAGAACAUUUGUGGUGUAUUUCCUUUUUUUAAAUUUUUUGUUUUGUACCUUUUUCUGUGAUGCAAAACGGCAAGUAUUUAAGUUAUUCAAGAGAGCAAUCAUAGAAUGAUAGACGACUUUAAGAAAAUAGUGAAAAUACCUUGGUUAAGAAGAAUAACUCUCUCGCUCUGUAGUAUGUACAAAGUUAUUGCCCUUCAUUCUGUUUUCAUGUGCCAAGGUUAAAUUCUUGUGUAUUUAAAGGAAUGAAAAUAAAACUUCAUAUAUUAAUAGCAUACACUAAGAGCAAGUGUAGUUGACACACACCAUAACUCUUUCUAUUUAUGGAGCUUUUGCCCAUUUCAUUUUUUUGGCAGAACAUAUUUACAUACUGUCAUUUUCAAGUGCAAAACAUAACUUGAAAACUAUAUUGAUUGAUUCAAGUGAAUGCUAUUGUGAUCAAACUACAUACAUGUACAUCGACUGUUUUAGUGAAAUGCAGUGUGUCCUGCAUGCUUCGUCGAUUUUUAGCUGGUUACCACUCUUGAGGCAACAUUUUUUAUCAAGCCUUUAUUAAACUUGGUCAGAAUGUAUAUCUACAUAAUUUAUAUGCAGACAAUAUGUUUGCUAAGUUCCGAUUUGAAUCAUGUGCGUACAAAAACUAGGUCACCAGGCCUUAUCUUAGACAAACUUUUUUACCUUUCUAGAGGUCACAAUUAUGACUCAUUCUUGAUGAAACUUGGUCAUAAUGUUUAUAAGAACAAUGAAACUUGGUCAUAAUGUUUAUAAGAACAAUAUCUUUUCCAAGUUUGAAUCUAGGUCAUGAACAUCCAAAUACUAGGUCACCAGUUAAAUUCUUUGAAAAACCUUAUUUCCACUCAAGAGACCAUAAACGCGACGCAAUGUAAGAACCCAAAUUUAUUACUCAAUGUUGAUAAAACUUUGUCAGAAUGUUUAUCUGGCAAAAAUCUAGUCUGAGUUUGAAUCUGGUACAUGUGUGUCAAUAACAAGGUCACCAGGUCAAAGCUUAGAAAACCUUGUUAUUGACACACAUGCCAAAGGCCAUAGUUAUGAGCCAAUCUUGAUGAAACUAGGUCAGAAUGUUUAUUUGGACAAUUUAUAGGCUUGGUUCGAAUUAUGCUCAUCCAAAAACUGGCCUGUUAUCCUCACCUUAAAGGAAGUUGGUCAUUCCUGUAAUUAUGCAAUCUUCGUAAAUUUUUUGGAUUACAAAUGAGAACAAAUGUUCAUGUAUGUGAGAAUAAUGUACAUUAUUCUAUACAUGUAUGUCAGUUGAUUAUUCAUCAGAUUAUGAAAAUGAUGUAUGAUUUAAGAGUCUGCAACUACAUGAAUGUGUUGAAUGUGUGAAUGUCAAAUUAUGAUAAUUGGGCUUAGCAAAUUUCAGCAACAUGUUGGAAAAUAGCAACAAAUUGAAAAUAGUAGAUAAUGCUACAGUUUGUUAUCUGUAUGUAGUCAUAUACUGGUAUCUCCGUUUAUGUCUUGUUAGACAUUGGUCAUUCUUAGAGUUAGUCAAUUUUCUUUUUUGGCAUUUGAUUUAAGAAACGUUAAGCGAUGGUAAAGCAUGGUUUAAUGGUCCUGGAUGGAUGAGGAAAACCAUUGAUAAAAGUAAAUUAACAGAAGCAAGAUGCGUGCCUCUGCGAUCUACGAUUAAAAUCGAUUCUUGUACAUGUGGCAAACAACAGGAGCAUACAUUGAAAAAUUUAAUGUAUAAGCUAUUGUUUCGGUAGUUAAACAGAACUGUCAUUAUGCAAGAUCACAUAGUGCUUUGUGGUAGCAUUUAGAUGAUUACCACAGUUUGUCAGUUCGUGGUGUGUGUGUGUUUUCAAAUUGUUUUGGUCCAUCCCAUAUGUAUGUUAUGAAGGCUAUAAAUAGAACUUUAUCAUGAAAA